AUGGACCCAAAGUGGAACGUUUUUCGCAUAUUGGGCGAUCUCGCCCAUAUCUCUUCAAAAUGCAUCUUGCUGUGGGCCAUCCAUCGCAACAAGAGCGCGGAAGGUGUUUCGCUUCUUACCCAGGUGCUAUAUCUGGUAGUCUUUCUCAGUCGUUAUCUCGAACUGUUCAUAGGGAGAGGAUGGGGGACCUUUUAUCUCGUGUUUUUCAAGCUCUUUUACAUCUUUUCUUCGGCAUAUAUCAUCUUUUUGAUGAUGAAGGUAUACCCCCGGACACGGGAAAGGGAGCGGGCAUGGAAGCUGGCCUUAGGCUCUGCUGCGGCGUCUUUAGUGUUAGCACCGAUCUUGAUGCUAAUAUUCAGGCAUCCUUUGCCCCAGAGAUGGUUCACGGAGAUUUGGUGGACAUUCUCGAUUGUUCUGGAGUCCGUUUGCGUGCUCCCCCAAUUACUGCUCCUACGCCAGACCACUGUCCCUACUGUCAUCGACUCCUAUUAUCUCCUCACAUUAGGCUCCUACCGGGCAUUCUACAUUCUGAACUGGCUGUAUCGGGGAUUUGCUUCACAUUACUGGGACCCCAUUUCAGAUAUUUUUGGCAUCGUCCAGACCGCGUUCUACAUUGACUUCGCUUGGGUCUACUAUACGCGACAGCGUGUAAAACUCCGCAACGGUGGCGUUGUAGACUCUGAGGAUUUCCGGAACAGCUGGCUGGUUAACAAAGUGUUCAGUUUCAGGCAGCGACGGAGUGUCGAUGAAGAGCAGCACCUCCACGAUGAAGGAGCAGAAGCUGGACAUGGGGCUGAGGGCGAACGACCGAGAAACAACCGCUGGGGCGCUCGAGGGAUAUCCAUCUCAGCAGAUGACACAUUGAACGAGAGUCCCCACGCCAAACCCAGCAGCGCAAGUGACGGCCGGCUGGAGGGAUUCCUGGAGGACGAAGAGGACGGUUGGGAAGAGCACGCGAACCAGCAAACACAGCACAAGCAUUCUCCUGAUGCGACAGACGAUCAGAAGUGA